GUAAAAGCCACUUUGGGUUCUUGUUUUGUUUCUCUCAGACUCGGUUUUGCUUUGGUUCUGUUCGAAGGGGGUUUUGCAGGCGGCUUCUACUUCUUCUCAGUCAAGUUUUGUAUGAAUUUCAAGUGAAGAGAUCAUUUCCUGCAAAAUAGAACCUUGUACAGUUUGGGAAUUUGAAAUCGAGUUUUGUGAAAUAGGGAGCAAGUGUUGAGUACUUAGUGAUAGCUUGAUUAUAAAUAAUAUCGAAUCGGUAUGGAAAUGGCUUCAAGAGUUGAGAUUGAUGAAGAUAAUGACAACAAGGGUAGCAUGUGGGAUUUGGAUCAGAAGCUUGAUCAGCCAAUGGAUGAAGAAGCUGGGAGGCUUAGAAACAUGUACAAGGAGAAGAAAUCCUCUGCAUUAUUGCUUCUGCGGCUUGCAUUCCAAAGUCUUGGAGUGGUUUAUGGUGACUUGGGCACUUCUCCCCUCUAUGUUUUCUACAAUACAUUUCCUGAUAAAAUUGAAGAUCCGGAGGAUGUUGUUGGAGCUCUUUCAUUGAUUAUAUAUUCCCUUACUCUUAUACCGCUCCUCAAGUAUGUGUUUGUUGUGUGUAAAGCAAAUGACAAUGGUCAAGGUGGAACAUUUGCUCUAUAUUCAUUGCUCUGCAGACAUGCAAACAUUAAAACAAUUCCUAACCAACACAGAACUGAUGAGGAGCUAACAACUUAUAGUCGUUCUACAUUUCAUGAACGAUCAUUUGCUGCGAAAACAAAGAGAUGGCUAGAGAGACACGUGUCCAGGAAGAAUGCGCUUCUUAUUCUUGUCCUGGUUGGUACAUGUAUGGUCAUUGGUGAUGGAAUACUCACUCCGGCAAUAUCAGUUCUUUCAGCUGCAGGGGGCAUCAAAGUAAACCGUCCACACAUGGGCAAUGGUGUUGUUGUGAUUGUGGCCGUUGUAAUAUUAGUAGGUUUAUUUAGCAUGCAACACUAUGGUACAGAUAAAGUUAGCUGGCUCUUUGCCCCAAUUGUUCUUAUUUGGUUUCUUGUAAUCGGAGGCAUCGGCAUAUAUAAUAUUUGGAAGUACGACAGCAGUGUUUUGAAAGCAUUUUCGCCUAUAUACAUCUACCGGUAUUUUAAGAGAGGAGGGAAAGACGGAUGGACCUCUCUUGGGGGUAUUAUGCUUAGUAUCACGGGUACGGAGGCACUUUUUGCAGAUCUAUCGCAUUUUCCAGUUUCGGCUGUGCAACUCGCUUUUACUGCAGUUGUAUUUCCUUGCCUUCUCCUAGCAUAUUCUGGACAAGCUGCCUACCUUAUCAGUAACAGAGACCAUGUCGUUGAUGCAUUUUAUCGCUCUAUCCCAGAUAGCAUAUAUUGGCCUGUUUUUGUCAUUGCUACUGCUGCUGCUAUAGUUGCAAGUCAAGCUACAAUAACGGCGACCUUUUCAAUUAUCAAACAAGCCCUUGCACUUGGUUGUUUUCCACGAGUGAAGGUUGUACAUACGUCGAAGAAUUUCCUUGGUCAGAUAUAUGUUCCGGAUAUUAAUUGGAUCCUUAUGAUUCUUUGCAUUGCCGUUACGGCUGGAUUCAAAAACCAAAGUCAAAUUGGAAAUGCUUAUGGGACGGCUGUGGUGAUCGUCAUGUUGGUAACGACGUUGCUUAUGACUUUAAUCAUGCUUUUGGUUUGGCGAUGUCAUUGGAUUCUUGUCCUCCUCUUCACCGGCUUGUCCUUGGUUGUGGAGUGCACAUACUUUUCUGCUGUACUCUUCAAGAUAGAUCAAGGUGGGUGGGUUCCUCUUGUUAUUGCAGCAGCCUUUUUGCUCAUCAUGUAUGUUUGGCAUUAUGGUACGCUGAAGCGAUACGAGUUUGAGAUGCACAGUAAGGUUUCGAUGGCAUGGAUUCUGGGGCUUGGUCCUAGUUUAGGCUUAGUUCAAGUUCCCGGAAUUGGGUUAGUCUACACCGAGUUAGCAAGUGGUGUUCCUCACAUAUUUUCCCACUUCAUCACUAACCUACCUGCCAUCCAUUCGGUGGUUGUUUUUGUCUGUGUGAAAUACCUUCCCGUCUACACCGUUCCGGAAGAAGAAAGGUUCCUUGUGAAACGCAUUGGGCCGAAGAAUUUCCACAUGUUUCGUUGCGUUGCUAGGUAUGGCUACAAAGACCUUCAUAAGAAAGAUGAUGAUUUCGAGAGAAAGCUAUUCGAUAGCCUCUUCUUAUUCGUGCGGCUCGAGUCAAUGAUGGAAGGGUGUUCAGAUUCGGACGAAUAUAGCUUGUAUGGCCAGCAAACCGAGCCGUCCAGGGACGGUCUGUUGAACAACAAUGGCCACACAACUUGCUCGUUUGUCGAUACCACAGUUUCAUCAGUGGAUUCAAUUGUGCAGGUGAGAUCUCCGAUGCAUGCAGGUGUGACGGUAAGAUCGUCGGGGCAAGUAAGCAGCCAGACGGAGAUGGAUGAGUUAGAAUUUUUGAAUAGCUGUAGGGAUGCCGGGGUGGUACACAUCAUGGGGAACACUGUGGUGAGGGCAAGAAGAGAUUCAAGAUUUUACAAGAAAAUAGCAAUCGACUAUAUUUAUGCAUUUCUUAGGAAGAUAUGUAGGGAACACAGUGUGAUUUUUAAUGUUCCUCAUGAGAGUCUGUUGAACGUAGGACAGGUUUUUUAUGUGUAAAA